AUGCCUCAGCCGAAGCCUUCGUCGCAGCUCUGGCAAGAUUUCGCCUUCUCCGACAUCAUCGGCGAGGGUCAGUACGGCAAGGUAUGGCGCUGCGUGGAUCGCGCUUCGGGUCAGCCCAUGGCGUGCAAGCAGAUUCGCACUGUGGGCCUAUCAGAAUCCGAGAUGGCGGAUCUUCAACGGGAGAUUUACUCCCUGUCGCUUCUGGGCAGCCACGAAAAUAUUCUGUCGCUCGCGCAUGUGUACGCCGACGAUAAGACCGUGUAUCUUGUAACGGAGCUGUGCAGCGGCGGGGAUCUUUUCGAUCUGGUCGACCGAUCAGGCAACGGUCUGGAUGAGGCGUCCGCGGCGAAAAUCUUCGUUCAGAUCAUCCGUGCCGUGCGAUGGUGCCACGCACACCGCAUCGUUCACCGCGACAUCAAACCGGAGAACAUCCUUCUCACCAAGUCAACGACCAUCAACGCCGCUACUACCGGAUCAUCGUCUGUCUCUAUCGCGGAUAAUAUAUCCGUUCGUCUUGCGGAUUUCGGUUUGGCGUUUCAGCUGAAGUCGGGGUGCGCGAUGAUUGGGAUCGGUGGGAGCAUGCCGUACGAAGCGCCUGAGAUGCUCGCAGAGCAGCCUUACAACACCAAGGCUGACGUGUGGUCCCUAGGCGUGCUCCUUUAUUCCAUGCUCACUUCCACGUGGCCCGCGUUUCCCGGAAACCGGCGCCAGCUGACCCCGAACGACUUCCGGAGCGCGGGAUGGGCGAAAUUGUCGAUCGCGGCGCGGGAUCUGAUCUGUCGAAUGAUGAUCGUCGAUCCUGCGCAGAGAUCUGACAUCGACGGUGUGAUGUCGCACCCGUGGCUCGCCCACGCGCGACGAGCUGUGUUCCCGCGACAGGCGUCGCAGGUGUUCCCGUCGCAGCCGUCGCAGAAGCAGUCGCAGCAGCAGGUGUCGCAACAGCAGUCGCAACAGCUGGAGGCUGUCGUGGCGCAACUAAAAAACGACACUGCUGCGACCACCACCUGCGACGAGCAGGACCUUCAUGCUGCUGAGCCUCUGACCCAGAUUCGACAGCCGAACCUGUCUCCGAAGCAGCAGCGCCUUUCUGCAGGAAGACUCACGUCGGCUGCGCGCGGCCCAACUGUCGCCAGCAAGGCCAAGCGCGACGCGGCAGCUUCGCUUCUCGAGCUCGUCGUACGGAGCUUGCAGUCGCAGCCGUCGUCGCCGUCGACGACCACCGGCCUGGCGACAGAGUCGCCCAGUUCGUCGCCUGCUGUGUCGCCCGACCACACACAUCCCAAGAAGAUCCCCCGCACAGGCGACUCGUCUGAUGUCUUCGCGACGAAUUCAGCUGAGACCAGCGAGACAAUUUCAUUCCAAGAUCUACUCCCAAUCAAGAGCGACCUUAACGAAGACGCUACCAGCGCGUACAAGUGGCGUCUCGCGAGUCUCCGCGCGUUCCAGGCCGACUCGGCGCGCUCUAUCUCAGCGUCAUCGUCAGGCUCCUCCUCGGGACUGGUGUACCUCCACGGGUUUGCUUCUCCUGUGCUUCAGCCCCAGAUCACCUUCAAGGACCCUGCUACUCUCUCUCACCACCCUUUUUCCGGUGCCAUGUAG